AUGCUGUUGACGGCCAUCCUCACUUUGCUGUGCGCAAUAUGGACGGCGAUGCCGCAAGCUGCUGCCCAGCGGCAAUGCUACAACCCAGAUGGAAGCCUCGUAACAGAUCAAGUAUAUGCUUGCAGAGCUGGAGAUUCUGAAAGCCAUUGCUGCCCAAGAGGCAUGAUGUGCACCACGAACAGUCUCUGCAAGGCUCCGGAAGAUGCAAACAAUACUCAGUACUGGCGAGCAUCAUGCACCGAUCCGACCUGGAACUCAUCAGCGUGUCCGAAGUAUUGUACGAAUGGCACGAACGAUUCGCACCGGCUCAUCGAGCUCAAACCAUCGCAUGUUGACAUGCUCGUCUUCAACUUUCUGCUGUAUCGACUCAACAAACGUCCCCAACCUCGAAAACAACCCUCGCGCCUGCUGUGCCAGCCCAUAUCAAACAUUCACUGCUGGCUUUGCCGCGUACCUCGCCGGUCCCUCAGUCCAGACUCAACUGCCGACGAGUUCCUGCUUAGGAUGGAGAUGCAGCCGCACGAUGACUACGACGACCACAUCCCGCUACACAUAUCGUCCGACUUCGACGGCGAGAUCUUCAAGUCGUUCAAGUCGGACAGGAGAUAG